AUGGGUAAGAGAAAAGCCGCUGCUAAGCCCGUGAAAAAAGUGAAACAAAAGCUUGAUGUGACUUUCCGUUGCUUGUUCUGCAACCAUGAGAAAUCCGUUAUUUGCACCUUAGACAAGAGAAAUAGCAUUGGCGAUUUACAUUGCAAGAUCUGUGGUCAGACAUUCCAGACCGCCAUAAAUUCCCUAUCACAACCAGUUGAUGUCUACUCUGAUUGGAUUGAUGCAUGUGAGGACUUGGCCGAGGAAGUGGAUGAAAGGGGAGAGGAUGCCGAGAACGAUGAAGAGGAAUACAGUGACGAUGAAACUACUCCACAUAGAAAAGAAGAUGAGGUGGAAGAUGACUACUAA